UAAUUUGUAUCUUAUGGGAAGAGGAACCUCGGCUCGCCUUCUUUAGCUAAGAUAGCUAGCCCGUGUGUUAUUCAACAUUGGGAGAAGUUAUUAAAGCUGAAUGUUCAGCGUUACACAAAAAUGCCAUCUGAAAAUCUAAGAUGGGAGACACUGGAGGCUUUGAAAAACUCGCCAAAGGGUAGAAUUAAAUACAGCCCAGACUGUCUUGAAAGAGGGGAGAACAUUUUAGCAGGCUGCAAAGAGGUUACCAGCCUGUCACCUCUCUCGGGGCAUAUUUUGAAGAGUCUGAGCAGAGCCUCUUCUUUUGGUUCCCCGACUCGUGAUACGAGCCCAGGCACCACUGAGAAUGCCCCCAUCUACACUUCACUUCCUAUCAGUCCACACCAGACUCUCACUACUCCAGUCUCACCUUCCACCUCUCUAACACUAUUCGCUACUGAGAGUGAGGGGAAGGUGAGUGAGAAUAAACUGGAGAAUUCAGACUCCACUGCUGAUCUCAGCCCUGACCUCAGCAGCACUCCACCCACGGCCAUCUUCCUCCUCUCGCCCAGGGCCACUCAGAUGGCAGGGUGCAUCCGCAUCUGUGAGGAAAACCACCGGGCUAAAGCCAAGUCAGCGCUGAGCCUUAGGCAGGAGCUGCAGGAGCAGCUGGUGGCUGCGGUGGCCGGCCGGGAGUCGGAGCAGAUGAAACGCUUCGAGGAGUUAAUGGAGCUAAAGCAGAGGCAGGAGUACCAGAGCAUCAGGGACAUGAUGGAAAAGGAGACCCAGGAAAGCCUUGGGCGUCAAGAGAAGUUGAAAGAAGAGUACAGACACAGAACGAAAAUCCUGAACCUACGUCUGCGAGAGAUGGAGCAGCAGCGGUUGCGGGAGGCGGAGCUUGAGAGGCAGAGGCAGGUGGAGGGCAGGGAGAGGCUGAGAACACUUAAUGCCAUUCAAGAAGAGGUGCUUCAGCUCAAUCAGCUCCUGGAACCUGCCCCACCUGCACACCUGGGCCUCAGCGUAGAUCACACCUCCUACAUCACCCGCGGUAAUCAGCUUUGCUCGCAGGUCUCGGAGGUGAUACGCACCACAGCCGAAGGACAGUUCCCGAGUGUGGAGGACAUGACUGUGACAGAGCGGGCCUUGCAGGAAAUGAGAUCACUCCUCCGAGCCUUGCAAGAAGAGGUCGCUCAAGCUCAGGAGAGGAAGAAGAAGGAGCAGGAGGAAGAAGAGGAGAAGAAGAAGAAGCAGGCAGAAUUGAAGGUCCAGCAAGAGGAACAAAAGAAGAGUCCAGCACUGUCCGCUAAAGACAAAAUCCGAAAACAAGGCCUGCAGGAUAUAGCUGAAGACAGCACAUUUAAGUGGUACACAGAGCUACAGGAUUUGGCCAGCCAAUACUCCCAGUCAUUUGAAGAUCUGAACAAUGCAAAGGACAUGCAGACAAAGAAGUUGAGAAUGGAACUCCAAAAGGCUGCAACAAUUCCAGUGAGUCAGAUUUCCAGCAUUUCAGGUUCCCAGCUGAAGGAGAUCUUUGACAAGAUUGACAAACUGUUAUCAGGGCGAGCAGUUGUAUCGGGUGGAAAGUCUGUGUCCACGUCGCAACAUCCACAUGGGCUGGAGUAUGUUAGCUAUAAAUUAGCAGAAAAGUUUGUGAAACAAGGAGAAGAGGAGGUAGCCUCUCACCAUGAGGCAGCAUUCCCCAUUGCAGUGGUGGCCUCAGGCAUGUGGGAGCUGCACCCUAGAGUGGGAAACCUCAUUCUGGCCCACCUCCACAAGAAGUGUCCUUAUGCUGUUCCUCACUACCCAGAUAUGAAGGAAGGCACCUCCAUAGAAGAGUAUCAGAAGAUUCUUGGAUAUCGUGUGGAUGACUCGGGGGUGGAGGGACAGGACAGUUUCCUAAAGAGGAUGUCUGGGAUGAUUAGACUUUAUGCUGCUAUAAUACAGCUACGAUGGCCUCACAGCAAUAAACAAGGGCCUGGCCCACAUGGACUGAAUCAUGGCUGGCGCUGGUUGGCUCAGAUGCUGAACAUGGAGCCUCUUGCCGAUGUCACAGCAACUCUUUUGUUUGACUUUCUGGAGGUUUGUGGGAAUGCUCUAAUGAAACACUAUCGAGGACAGUUCUGGAAGCUCUUAGUGCUCAUCAAAGAGGAAUACUUCUCCAGGAUUGAAGCAGUCACCAGCGCAGGUCAGUUAGGUUCGGUAACUAGACUCAAGCAGUUUCUGGAGAGUGCUUUAAGAAACAAGCAGAUUGAUCCACCCAAAGGACAACUGACCUCAGCCUUCUGGAGAGCCUGAUAGUUGGUACUAGUAUUUAGCUCCAUAAGAAGUUUCAGUGGAACUCGAGCUUUACCUGCAAUUAAUUUAAAAAUGCAAGGAUUUUAUGAUACAAUGUGCAAACAUAUAUUUUCUUAAGUUUCUGUUUGUUAGAAUAUUAUGGUUCCAUGGUGUGCUUGUUCUUAAUGUUUUUACUGGAUUUCCUUUAUCAUGAGAGAUAUUCUAGAAGUUAUUGUGGUGGGAGGCAUGGCCAUUUAAUUAUUGGUAUAUUUGUCUUAUCAACUCAUCAAGCAUAUCCAUGCAUUCACUAAACAUGCCAUAAGCCUCACUCUGGGACGGUGCCGCUUACGGAAUAUAGCCACUUUAUGUAUGUUGAUGGAGGAAAGAACUGUAGAUGGAUGUGUAUAUUUCUAAUUUUAAAAUGAGUAAAUGUGAACAUGAACAAACUUUUUGUUCUCAUCAUUGCUCCAUGCAACUAUGUGUAAGGAGGGUGGGUUUAAGUAAGAAUUAUCUGGGGUGUCCGCAAAGGUUCAGCCCAUACAAGGUCGUAAAAAGUGGAAAUUCACAAAUCGUGAGUUGUAUCACUUUUUGUAUCAAUAUAUGCAGUUAAGUUUUUUUUUUUUUGUUUUUUUUUGCACCAUCAGUGAGUGUGAAAAUAAGUUAUAAUCAGAAACUUAUCUCUCUGUAUACACGGAUUUGUCAAUGAUGCGUUUCUAGGAAACUAUCUAUUAACAGAAUAAUCAAUAUAAUUAAAAGUAUUUUUUACUUUGGUCAGUAUAUUCCCCUUGUGAUCUAGUCCAUCACAAUGUAGUUCACAGGUUGGGAUUUCUGAAAGUUGGACAAACCAAUAAAAAGUUUGUUUUUAUUUCA